AUGGGAACUACCAAAAUACCAAAACAAAUCAAGUCGAGGAGAAAUACAAGAAUAAUUUCAAUCACUGUAAUACUGUUGACUGUAAUGGGAUUGCUUAUCUUUGAAUGGAGUUCAGAUUAUACAUUUGAAUCCUCACUACAUUCUUUAGGGUUCCCAUCUCUAACAUCCUCCUCUUCCUCUUCCUCGGGAAAUCAAGAAGAGUUCAUUCCAUCUUCACUUCUUUCGAAGCCUGUUCAAGAAUCUAUGAAAACGGACAACCCUGUUGAGGAAAAUGAUAAUCUUUUGAAAGUUUGGAAGGAGAUUUCAGAUAUAAAGAAAGAAUUGUCAAAAGAUGAACAUAUAUUGAAAAAGAACGAUGGUAAUGAUAACAGCAAGAAAUUGAAAGAUAGCCAAAACGUUCAUCUAUUAUCAUCAACUUCAUUCAACGCAGAAGACAAUUUUAAACAAAUCUUAAAUACUUCGCCAGCUGUAUUGUUCAUUAAGUCAUCUGAAUGGGAUUCUCAAUAUCUGAAAAACCUAUUAUCCAUAGAAUAUGAAAUUUCUCCACAAUUAGCAAUAGUAGAUUUGGAAAAACAUUCCAAUGGGAAUCAAUUACUAAAUUAUAUCAAGAAAAAUAAGUUAUUACCACCUUCAAAUAAAGCAUCAUCCACACCUAAUUUACCUUAUUUAUUCAUUAAUGGGGUUUCAAUCAUUAAUAAUGGUCUUUCAAAAGAUAUUAAACAGUUACAUUCUAAUGGUCAUUUAUUAAAUAAAUUGAAAUCUUAUUCUGAUGGUCAUAUCUUUUUCGAAAAGAAGAAUUUCCCAUCAAAUUCUUGA